CCCUGCACAAUCAACAGCAGACGAACAUUGGUCAUAACAAAAUGGAAGGUGGUAUUUCGACGAGUUUCACUUUCCAAACAUUCGUUAAUUUCCCAGCAGUCUUGCUAGCAAGUGUCAAAUAUUGUCUGUGCUUGACCGUUUUAGACUCGGCUUGAUCAAUGGCACAUUCCAGUGUGAAAAUAGCUUUUGAAGUGGGACACGAUGCAGUCCCUAAAAACAAACGUUCCCCAGAAGGGUUCACUCAUGAUUGGGAAGUAUAUGUGAGGGGUAUUGAUGGUGCUGAAAUCCAUCAUUAUGUCGACAAAGUCGUCUUUCAUUUACAUGAAACCUUUCCAAAGCCAAAAAGAGUUUGUAAAGAACCCCCAUACCAGGUGAAAGAAUCUGGGUAUGCAGGUUUCAUCAUUCCUGUUGAAGUUCAUUUAAAAAAUCAUCAAACUAUCAAUGUUCAGUAUGACCUUAUUCUGGACACUCAAAUGGCCACUAAACGAUCCCUCAUUGAACGGCAUACAGUGGUUAAUCCAGCUGAUGACUUCAGAAAGAGACUGAUUCGUGGAGGAGGGGAAACGGUGAGAUCAGGUUCAGAUGAUGUCCUGCAUGCCCCACAUCCUCCGCGUGCCUCUAGCUCAAGCAGCUCCAACAGUUCGGCAGGGCCAGGGCCUCCUUCUACCUCGAAUGGCGAUAUCUUCAAACCACCUAGCCAAAAGAGCAGCAAGCCCUCUCCCACACCCAAAUCCAGUAGCAAUAGCAGUAGUGGCAACAGCACUAGUAGCAGCAAUACGGGCAGCAGCAGCAGUAGCAGUAAACCUUUAUCAGCUGAGAAGGUGCCAAGCAGUGGUAAAUCUCACCACAAAGAAAGCAAACGUGACAAAGAUGAGAAAAAGGAGAAAGAUAGAAGUAGAGACAGGGAUAAAAGUAAAGAGCAGCGAAAGCUGUCUACAUCACCUAAAAGACCACUCACUCCAUCCAAGUCAAGCUCAUCAUCUUCAUCUUCACUCAAGACAAGUUCGGAACCAACACCUCCAAAACGAUCGUUAUCACCCAAACGGGCCUUUUCACCAAAGCGACCAUCAACACCCUCUAAACCACCCUCUAAAGAAGAGAAGAAAUCAAGCCAUACAGAUAAUGAAGACAGGGAAAGGAAACAUGAAAAACACAAGAAAGACAAAAAGGACAGAGAGAAAGAGAGCCACAAAGAUAAGGAAAAGGAAGAUAAAAAGGAAAAACAUAGAGAUAAAGAAAAAGUGAAGGAAAAGGUAAAGAAAGAUAAAGUAAAGGAAGGUGAAAAGGAUAAAGUUGAGAAACUUGACAAAGAAAAACGCCACAAAGAUCAUGACUUGACUCCAAAACCUGUUAGUGGUAGCUCGACUGGAGUGAAAAGUGAUAAAUUAGGUGAGAAACCUGCGCCCUCAGACAAACCAAAAGAAAAGGAAACUGAAAAGAAAUUGAAAGAAAGCUCUGAAAAGAUCAAGGAAAAAAUUGACAGUGCUGAAAGUAAGGAAAAACACAAGGAUAAGCAUAAACAUAAGAAGAAAAACAAAGAGAAAGACAAAGAUAGAGACAAGGAGAAAGAAGAAAAAGAUCGAUCAAAAGAUAAAGAUAGGGAUAUUUCAAGAGAAAAGGAAAGGGAACGUGAAAGGGAAGUUCUUAGGGAGAAAGAGCGUAAAGAAGAAGCUGAACGAGAAAAAGAGAAGGAAAGACUGGCUCAGAGAGAAAAGGAAGCCAAAGAAAGAGAACAGAGAGAAAAGGAAAAAAAGGAUAGAGAAGAAAAAGAACGUGAAUUACAAAGAGAAAAAGAAGCAAGAGAAAGAGAAGCUAAAGAAAGAGAGCAGCGCGAAAAGGAAAGAAGAGAACGUGAAGAAAAAGAGAGAGAAUUACAAAGAGAAAGGGAGACGAGAGAACGAGAAGCAAGAGAAAGAGAACAACGAGAAAAGGAAAGAAGAGAACGUGAAGAACGGGAGGCUAGAGAGAGAGAAGUAAGGGAAAGGGAGCAGCGAGAAAAGGAACGAAGAGAGCGAGAGGAAAGGGAGGCUAGAGAAAGAGAAGCAAGAGAGAGGGAGCAGCGGGAAAUUGAGCUGAAGGAACGGGAGCAGCGAGAAAUUGAGCAAAAGGAACGAGAGCAACGAGAACAGGAACUAAGGGAGAGAGAAAAGGAGAAAGAGAGAGAUAAAAUGCGAAGGGAAGAAGAAAAACGACGUGAAAAGGAGCGAUUAGCCAAAGAAGUUGAAGAAUCGAGAAAAAGGAGAUCUCCUAGUCCACCUAAGAAUGUAAAGAAAAAACCUCUUUCUACUCUAUUAGAAGAUAUUGAUGGGGAUUCAUCAUCAUCAUCAUCGUCUGAUAGCGACUCUCCUGCUGCGAAGAAGUCUGAUGAUGAGGAUUCUUCAAGCUUAUCAGACCGUAAAAUAGCAAAAAAAUCUAAAAAAACCAAGAAAUCUGCACAAGGAACAUCAUCGGAUAUAAAACAUGACUCAGAUGCGUCAGUUCCUCCGUCUCCCCCAAGUAUUAAAAAGAAGGCGCACAACACUUCUGAAGAGUCUCCUGCAAGUCCCUUGGUUGUGAAAACAAAAGGCAAGAAAGCAAAAGGUAAAAAAAGUAGUGAUUCAGAUGUGACACCCACCAAGCGAAAGCCUGGGAGACCUAGUAAAGCUGGAGCAAGCACUGAAAAAGAGAAAAAGAAAAAGGAUAAGGAGGAGAAGAAAAGGAAAAGGAAGAAGGACAAAUCAUCUGAUGAGCCUCCAGCAAAGUUAGCAAGAAGAGAUCUUACUGCAAAUGAAGAGCCUGAUUCUACUACCACUGAACCAGAUGCUGCUUUACCUGAUACUGCUGAAACAUGUGCACCAGAAUGGUCUAAAAUUCAAGUAGAAGGAUUUACAGCAGAAUAUGUCUGUCAACUGAAAGAGCUACAGCGCAAGAUUAUGACUUUAGAGAAUAACGAUGAAUUGAAGAGAGUUGUGCAAGUGAUUGCUGAAACUGGACAGUAUGAGAUCACCAAACAAACAUUUGAUUUUGACUUAUGUGCUCUUGAUGCCAACACAGUUCGUAAGUUACAGGAAUUUUUCACAGCCACUUGAAAGUUAUCAUGGGUAUCUUCACCUUUUUUUGCUGUUAUGAUGUUUUUUCCUUGUUGUUCCCUGUGCUCGAGUUGCAUUAGUGGAGAUCACAUUCCCUGUUUCUUUCCUCAUUUAACUGUAUUUCAUUUCGUAUUUGUUGUGCUCCUUUCUACUUCUAUUUAUACUUGUUUACACAUUAAUAGGAAUGAGCUAAGUUUAAGUGGCUGUGUGUGGGUAUAUAUGUGUGUGUGUGUGUGUGUGUGUGUGUGCGCAUGUGUGUGUGUGUCUCUGUCUGUCUGUAGAUAAGUUGUUGAUACUUUACCUCUAACUUUGUAUCGAUCUCAGUCUAGGCCUUUAAGUACCCUCACAUUUUCGUGACUAACAUUCAUCCAAGGAUGUGAAUUUCUUCAUAGUGAUUAUUGAAUGAGUGACUUAAAAAUGAAUUAAUUUUAUCCUUCUUUAGGUUUCAUUGAACUCUUGUCUUAAAAAGACACAAUUACCAAAUUUAUAUAAGGCCCUUAGUUUGGCCUUUGUGUAAAAUAUUAUGUAUCAUAUGUAUUAUGUCAUAGAAACCCUUUAUGUUGGUCUUUUACAUGUGUAACUAGCAAAAAGCUCCAACUUGACUCAAGCAAGUGUUGUUCAAUGAAUUUCAGAAAAAAACCUAGUUAUUAUUUGAACAUAAAAACUCUGACUUUCCCUCUCUUUUUCCUCCCUAGUCAGAGUUGUUAUGACAGAAGGGGAGUUUGCUUUGGCUUCACUACAAAUCUAAUGGAUUCCUCCAGGCAAGUUUCCACCCGGUACAAAUGAUUUGCCAAAAUGCGCAUUUUCCCCUGUUAUUUAUUGUGAUGGGAAGUUUCCUUAAGGUGUGUUCAGCAUGCCCAAUAUCCUAUAUAUUUGUUAUUAGCCAACAUCAGAGAAGCAAUUGGUAGUUAUUGCUGUGUUAAUCCUGAUUAUUUAAUGUUUUUCAUAAUUUAAUUUUAUGUGUUACUUGGCAAUGUAUUGUUUGCUUCCCUGGUAGUGGAAAUCUUUUGCAAUGUUCUCACUUUGUACAUUGUGUAUUUAUUUAUUAUUAUUUGAUCUCAUUAUAUGUGGGGUAUUGUGAAUUUUUCAGAACUUUUUUCCCUCUAUAUCUUAUUUUCCCACCUCCCUAAAUCAGGUGUUAUGUGCUGUCUGAAACGUUAACUUCAUCAUUGUAGUAUAACAUAACUAUCUAUCGUUUUGAUAUUUUUAUCUGUGUUGUACUUUUCUAUCCUGAUCAUCAUUAUUAUAAGCACCACAAUUGAACUAAUUAUUUUAAAAUUUAAAAAAAGGAAAGAUUAAACAUUAUUUUUUUGUAAAAUUCUCUGUUUUUUUUUUCAUUUUUACGCAUUAUGAGUAUUCUGACCAAGGUCUUCCAUGAGUGCCAGGUCUGGCUCCCUAGCAUGGAUUGCAUGAUUAAAUUUGUAUUUCUUUAGUCAAUGCCCUUAAGGAUUAGUACUUGCCUGUCAGGACGUCGUCUGAACUGUGCGUGUAGAUCUAACAGAAGACUGUAGACACCUUACCCUUCAUUUCAAUCCUAACUCACUCCCUAUGCUAAAUGUCUCCUGUCAUUUUAUUCUUUAAAUCUGUUAAAUCAUGUUAUUUUUCCCUGGCCCAUAAUACAUUUCUGUCCCAACAUGAAAUCUGUUAUGUAUCUUGUUCUGUUUGUGAUCUUUUGUGCGUACUUAAGAUCGUUCUACUGGCAACCUUACCGUUGCCUAAAAUAUACCUUGUGACAUUUCAUGCACCCAUAUUGAGUAAUCAGAGAAAAGUUAUGUUCAACAUUCCACAUUACUGUUGCUUAAAGUGUCCUUCUCAAUAUGGACACAUUUUUUCUUCCAUUCUAGUCAGGUGUCAUUGGCCCAUAACGCAAGGAGAAAUCUGUCAGAAUUUUAAGCGACAUUUCCUUAAAUGAAUUUAUUUCUGGAAGAAGAUUGAAACUGGGUCUAUGUUCACCAGCACUUCAGUCAUAUGUGAUGGUUUACAUUUCUGAUGUUAGAAGUCAUUUUGAGUGAAUCAAUUCUAUCUACUCUUUGGGAGGUGAAGAUGAAGCUGCUUAUUUAAUGUCAGCACUAAUUUCAUGUUUUCUUUUUUUAUUUUUCUUGUUGACACGUGUUGUGUUUGUGCAGCUGAGUACCCUACCACUUGUACUGCUUUAUUAUUCCUUCACUGGUUACAUAUAUCUUGAUUAUAAAAUGUUUGUGGUGUUGCCUCAAUUAUUUGAACUAUAAAGUUCAGAGUUCAAUUAGGAAAUGUGGGCUUUCUUUCCAUUUUUGGUACCUGAGAAUAGAUGCAAGUGUAACCAUUGUGUAAAUAUUCCAAAUAUUUAUGGGAUGAAUGCAUUACUCUUUUAGACUGACCUGUGUAAUGUUGUUCAAGGCAGUUAUGCAUUUGGUGUUUGUAAGAAGGGAUUGUGUUAAAUUUGUGACACCUAAAAUAACUGAGCAAUAACUUAUAUAAGGCAUUGGAAAUACAGACAAACCAUAAGUGGGAAAAA